AUGUCUUCCGAUACACAUUCAUCCCACGCGGACGAAUCGCCGUCGCCGCUCUACGAAAAGCGAUCGAUCCCGGGAAAGGGAAACGGCCUUGUCGCGUGCGCCGAUAUACCAGAGGGAACCCGCAUUCUGUGUGAGAAGCCGUUGUUCACUCUAGUCUCCGCAGCGAACAUGGUCGAUAAUGCUGUAUUGGCGAAAGUGAGAUCUCUCGCCAAGGACCAACAACGCCAGUACCUCGGUCUUCACAACAACUAUCCCAAUAACAACAUCUUCUCCGGUAUCUUCAAGACCAAUGCUUUACCAUGUGGACCAGGCUCGCCGAUCGGUGGUGUGUAUCCAACUAUCUGCCUGAUCAAUCACUCUUGCGACUCCAACUCCCAUCAUAGCUGGAACGACACGACAAGCAGCGAGACCAUACACGCCCUUCGAGACAUCAAAGCGGGAGAAGAGAUCACAAUCUGCUAUACAGAUCCUGAGACUUACCAGGCGCGACGCGCUGAGCUCAGAGGCUCGUUCGGGUUUGAUUGCGACUGCAGUCUUUGCUCGCUUCCACUUGAGAAAAGACAGAAGAGUGAUGCUCGCCGCACCCGCAUCGCGCAACUCGAUGCAGACAUCGGUGACCCGAGCCGCGUCAUGAACAGCCCAGGUCAAGGUCUUAGCAGACUGCCGAGAAAUGUCAGUUCGACUACCGCCGCAUCCCAUACGAUGAGUUCCUCACUCUACGACGUUCGAAAGAUCCCCGGAAAAGGCAGGGGCCUGGUUGCCCGCUCCGCCAUUUCUGAAGGCACUCGUAUCCUCUCCGAGAAACCGCUGCUCAUGAUACCUAACAACAUGUCCAACGAGCAACUGGAGGCUCGACUCGCACGAGAUCUAAAGGCCCUAGACAAGACUCAGCAGCGACAGUUCUUUUCCCUUCACAACAGCUACACUGGCAAGUAUGUCCUCGGCGGUAUCUUCAAAACAAACUCCAUGGCUUGCGGCAGCGACUUGUCUGCCAUUGCAAUCUUUCCUACCAUCAGCUUCAUCAAUCACAGCUGUCUUCCAAAUAGUCAUUACAACUGGAAUGACUCCACGGGUAUGCAGACAAUCCACGUCACUCGCGAUCUCAGCGCUGGAGAAGAGAUAAGUAUCUGCUACACCGACUCUGGAAGUGCCAGUGUUCGCCAAGCUUACUUGAAGAAGCAUUUCGGGUUCGACUGUUCGUGCGCAAUCUGCUCGCUCUCAGCUACUCAUCGGAAUGCCAGCGACGCGCGUCGUGAGGAGAUCUCUCGGCUUCAGGACACAUUUGCUGAAACAGAUCGUGCCAGCUUCAAGCCUGAAGAGGCAUUUAUCGACCUUCGGAAGAUAGUCGAACUCUUGAACAAGGUACGUGAUCACGCUGAGUGA